AUGGCUCACAAGAGCACGACUGAUCAAAUUUUUACUCUGGACACCAUAAUCGACUGCAGGACUGCGAAUAAUAAGCCAACAUGAUGUGCGUUCCUUGAUCUGAGAAAAGCAUUUGACUCAGUACCCAGGAGACUGCUGUUGCAAACAAUGAUGAAAAGAGGAGUGGAAGGAAAAACCAUAAACAUGAUCAGUGCCAUGAUGAAAGAUGAGUGGAGUUCAAUAAUUAUGAAUGAUCAGCCUCAGAAAUGAAUCCACAUACAGAAGGGGGUCAGACAAGGAGGAUGUGUCUCACCACUUGCCUUUAACUUUAUACCGAACGAAUUAGCCAUCAGAUUAAAGCAGAAAAAUUAUGGAGUUCAACUAGGCCCUGAUGUAAAUAUUGGUCUGCUGUUAUAUGCAGAUGAUAUAGUUCUUAUAUCCGAAUCAAAAGUAAACCUGCAGAAACUAUGUCAUGAGGUUGAGGAAUGGGCAAGGGAAUUUAAAUUAACAAUAAAUGAGGACAAAUCUGAGGUCAUGUGCUUUAAUGAAGCAUGCAAAGGCUCGGUCAGAAUUAAUGGAAACAUCCUAAAGGUCUCAAAUAACUUCAGGUACCUAGGAUUUAUAUUGGGAAAGAGGGUAAAGGACAUAAAACACUUCGAAAACAGGCUUCGGUCUAUGAGAGUAGCAUCUGGAGCGUUCCUUGGUAUCCUAAAUGCGAUGAAAAGCAUAACAAUAAGUACAAAGAGACAGAUGGUGCAAGCAUGCAUAAACUCUGUAGCUCUGUACGCAACAGAAGCAGCCUCUAGAGAGGAAAUCACUGAAAGGAUAAUCGCUGAGAUGGAGAAGAUACAACGUAGAGGGUUAAGAGUUAUCCUAAAUUCACCACAAGCCACAGCAAAUGAAACUCAUCUAAUAGACUUAGGGAUGAUGUCUGUAAGAGCCUUGCUGGAUAAAAGAGCUUUAUUAUUCAGGGCGAAAGUAUCAAAUGCAAAAGAAGGGAGCAUACUCAAAAAUUUAGUAAAAAUCAAUUAUGAGGAGAAACUGGGUUGAGAAAAAAGAUGUAGAGACUUAUUGGACAAAUACGGGCUGGAUGAUUGCAUGUUGCUAGGAGAGGAAAAUCUGAAGCGGUGGCGAAGAAAAAUGCACAUGGCCAUAUGAAAAGCGGACAGGGAAUGGUGCAUUCAAAGGAUGCGAGAAGAAACCUGAAAAACCACGACACUAUUUUGCGAUAUGAAUGCUGUUACCUGAAAAAUGGCUGAAUACACAAAGCUAAAUCCUAAAGAUGUGAACGGCGCAAGGGAAAUUUUCAGGUUAAGAGCAGGUUUUAACUGCACGAACUUGUGCCAAUUUAUAAGGCAUCAGACGAAAAAUGCGAUAUGUGAACAUUGCGACUGACAAAUACAGGAUGAAAAACAUUUAAUAGAAGAUUGUCCAAGGUUUAAUAACGAAAGAACGAAAUUACUAAUGAAUUUGAAGACAUACAUAGAUAGUGAUGAAGAUUUGAAUUUGAUGGAUGUUGUGCUGGAUUCUUGAAGAUAUGAAGAAAAAAAGAACAAGCUGGAAUUGACAAGGAAUCAGGUUGACGAAAUUGAUGCUCAUGCUAAGGAAUUUAUCAAGAUAAUUACGAAAAGCAAAAAAUUAAGACGCCUUGGGCGUGAUAAAACGUAA